GCAGUGGAGACAGGGGCAUGGGAGUGGGCUCAGCCCUCAGCUGCCAGGGGUGCUAGUGGUGUUCCCAGUGUCCCUGUGCCAUGCGGCCCUGCCUGCUGAUUGCCCUGGCCCUGCUGGGCACAGUUCCGGUCAGCUGCUCUGCUCUUGCCAGCCCUGCAGUGGAGGACAAGGAGGAUGUGACAGAACUGGAGAUGCCCAAGGAGUACAGCGGGUGCCUGGGGGCCAGAGACAAGCAGGCACUCAGUGUCCCCAUCAUGCCGGGCACCGCCACCUGCCGCUACGUCGUCAUCUCCCAUCCCCGAAGCUUCCGUUGUGCGCAGCACAUCUGUGCCCGGCGCUUCCACGGGCGCUUGGCCUCGAUCCACGACUCCCACACCAACAGCUUCCUGCUGCUCCUGGCGCGCCAGCGCUCCAUUGCUGGUGAGGUCUGGAUCGGUGCCGUCAGCCAGCCCGCUACCCCAAUCCCGAGCUGCCACUGGACUGACCGGAGCCCCUGGAACUACAGCCGGUGGAUUCCCGGGCACCCCCUGCCCAGCCACCGCUUCUGCACCGCCGUCUGCACCAACGAUGGGCUCUGGAGGAGCGUGCGCUGCAAGAAGCGGCUGCCCUUCAUCUGUGAGAUAUGAGGGGCUCAGCCCCCCUGGAUGCCCCCAGGCCUUCUCCACGUCUGCUCCCCCCUGGGGGGCUGCACCCCCUCCCUUGGAGUACAAUAAAGUCUUGCUGUUGGCACCCA